GACAUUGGUCCGGAACCCUAAGACCUCCGGUUUAAGGAACGGGUGGGACCGAGGUUUUCCCUGGCUGAGUGGCCUUGUAUGUGGCGACUGCAAUGUAACGGGCUCCUCAUAUUUGACAGAGGCAUGACAGGAAGUUUGGGGACCCCACCCAUGAUGGAUAGGUGAUACGUAGUGAGGAAGUCUCAGUGUUAAUGGGGAUGACCGAAACAGCAGUAGGAAUCCUAAAUUCUGAAGUUGAAGCCGGGUUUGAAAAACAUGGAGAUGUAUGAAACCCUCGGAAAAGUGGGAGAGGGAAGCUAUGGAACAGUCAUGAAGUGUAAACAUAAAGACACUGGACAGAUAGUGGCCAUUAAGAUAUUCUAUGAGAAACCAGAAAAAUCUGUCAACAAAAUUGCCACAAGAGAAAUAAAGUUUCUGAAGCAAUUCCGUCAUGAAAAUCUGGUGAAUCUGAUUGAAGUUUUUAGACAGAAAAAGAAAAUUCAUUUGGUGUUUGAAUUUAUUGACCACACAGUAUUAGAUGAGUUACAACAUUAUUGUCAUGGACUAGAGAGUAAACGACUUAGAAAAUACCUCUUCCAGAUCCUUCGAGCAAUUGAGUAUCUUCACAAUAAUAAUAUCAUUCAUCGAGAUAUAAAACCUGAGAAUAUUUUAGUAUCCCAAUCAGGAAUAACUAAGCUCUGUGAUUUUGGUUUUGCACGGACACUAGCAGCUCCUGGGGACAUUUAUACAGACUAUGUGGCCACACGCUGGUAUAGAGCUCCAGAAUUAGUAUUAAAAGAUACCUCUUACGGAAAACCUGUGGAUAUCUGGGCUUUGGGCUGUAUGAUCAUUGAGAUGGCUACAGGAAAUCCAUAUCUUCCUAGCAGCUCUGAUUUGGAUUUACUUCAUAAAAUCGUGUUAAAAGUAGGCAAUUUGACACCUCAUUUACAGAAUAUCUUUUCAAAAAGUCCCAUUUUUGCUGGGGUGGUCCUUCCUCAAGUUCAGCACCCCAAAAAUGCAAGAAAAAAAUACCCCAAACUAAAUGGAUUGUUGGCAGAUAUAGUUCACGCUUGUUUACAAAUUGAUCCUGCUGAGAGGAUAUCAUCUUCUGAACUUUUGCAUCAUGAGUAUUUUACUAGAGAUGGAUUUAUUGAAAAAUUUAUACCAGAACUGAGAGCUAAGUUACUUCAAGAAGCAAAAGUCAAUUCAUUCAUAAAGCCAAAAGAGAAUUCUAAGGAAAAUGAAGUUAUGAAAGAUGAGAGAAAAACAGUUUACACCAAUACACUAAAUACUUCAGUUCUGGGAAAGGAAAUGGAAAAAGAGAAAAAGCCCAAGGAAAUCAAAGCUAGAGCUUUAAAAGUUAAAGGAGGAAAAGGAGAUAUAUUAGAACAAAAAAAGACAGAGUGUGAAGGUGGACAUAUUCAACAGGAUGCAGUUAAAAAUGCUCAAACUACAUCUCAAGAUAUAAAACCUGUAAAUAAUAAACCAAACCCUGUCAAUCCUGUCAACAACUGUAAUGGCAUGAAAGAUGAUCCACAUGCUGGAGGUAGUAUGAUGAUGCCACCCAUCAACCUAAAUACCAGUAACUUAAUGACUUCAAAUCUCAGUUCGAAUCUCACCCACUCCAAUUCAAGGGUAACUGAAAGAGCAAAAAAGAGACGUACUUCUUUACAAGCUAUCGGACAAGUUAUGUCUAAUAGCAAACAAGAGGAUACAGGUCUCGCUCAAAGCCAAAUGGAGAAGGGUAUAUUAAAUGAGCGAGCAGGUCAAAGUGACCAAAUGGCAAAUGGAAACAAAAGGAAGCUGAAUUUUUCCAGAUCUGACAGGAAAGAAUUCCAUUUCCCAGAAUUGCCUUUCACAAUACAGUCAAAGGAGAUGAAAGGAAUGGAAGUUAAACAGAUAAAAGUGCUGAAGAGAGAACCAAAGAAAACAGAUUUAUCUAAAAUACCAACUUUACUUAAUACGGAUCAGAAUCAAGAAAAACAAGAGGUGCCAGAUCUCUGUGCUGUCCCACCAGGCUCUGGGGGGUCUCUGGAUGGUGUUCUAGGUUCCUUCAAUCAAAAGAGACUGAGAUGUGUCAGAGCAGACUCUGCAGAGGGUGUGGGGCUUGAAUUGGUCUUGAAUGACAAGGUUCGUAGACAUACAAGAUGUUCUUCUGGAAGAAGGAACAGGCUGAGCAAAGAGGUGAAAGUGGGAAUGGAAUGAUGACUACAGCAUUGAUCUGAGUGAGUAAGGGAGCCAGGUGAGCUGAGGGGAAGAGCUUUUAGUGAGAGGGAAGGCAGGAGAAUAGGCUAUAUUGAAAUUUCUGGGUAAAGGCCAUUGGAGAGUUCAGACUUCUUUUCAAAACCAAGUGGGGCCCCUUGAGUAAUACUCCAGGGCAUAGCGUAAUAUUUAGAACUAUUGGCUACAUGUUCUCUGAGCCUGUGAUUUCCCUAAAAGGUGCCUUGUCAUGUUUACUCAGAUAUUCUGAAGAUUUUUUUCACAAUUUUAUUGUGUCUUCAUAUUGUGCUUUCACAGAGGAAUCAAAUAAAAAGAAGAAAGCAAAAAAUUGUCUCACUUAUGAGAAGUAAACUAUAAUACCUCACUGUG